CCCAGGCACUCCUCACCACCCCCCCCCCUCCGCCAAUGGAAGAAAACGGCACCACUACCACCACCGCCACCACCGUCUCAACCUCUUCUUCUUCAUCCUCCUCCUCUUCCUCUUCCGCCUCUAACACCCCACUACAGAGAUCCAGGCCGCCGGUCUUUGAGCCACCGCCGGAGGGGCCAACGGAGCCCAUGGAGUUCCUGGCGAGGUCCUGGAGCGUCUCGGCUUUGGAGGUGUCCAAGGCCAUCACUUCCCCCGCCACCGCCAUCUGCAAGGUCAAGCCGAGCUCCUCCAUCCCCGAGGAGGUCGCUGCCGAAUUGGAGGACCCGUCUCCGGCCGUCGCUGCUGGAAACCCCUUCUCCUUCGCAUCCUCCGCCACGUCUCAGAUGGUCCUCGAGAGAAUCAUGUCUCAGUCUCAGCAAGACGUAUCCCCUCGAACCUCAGGGAGGCUCUCUCACAGCAGCGGUCCUUUAAACGGAGGCGGGUCAUUCACCGACAGCCCCCCUCUCUCCCCUUCUGAAAUGGAUGAUAUUAAGUUCUGCAGGCUGAGCAACACGGUCCAAGCUCAUUACAGGGGGAAGACUGUGGGGAGAUGGCUGAAAGACAGGAGGGAGAAGAAGAAAGAAGAGACUCGAACACAUAACGCACAAGUUCAUGCAGCAAUUUGCGUUGCUGGAGUAGCUGCAGCUGUAGCUGCAAUUGCCGCCGCAACUGCUGCUUCCUCCAAAGAUGAUCAGUCCAAAACCGACGUAGCUGUUGCAUCUGCUGCCACACUUGUGGCGGCGCAGUGUGUUGAGGCCGCAGAAUCCCUGGGUGCAGAUCGAGAUCACCUGACCUCUGUUAUCAAUUCUGCAGUUAAUGUUAGAACUGCUGGUGACAUUAUGACUUUAACAGCAGCGGCUGCGACAGCUCUGCGUGGAGUAGCAACUCUCAAGGCGAGGGCUCUCAAGGAUGUUUGGAACAUUGCCGCGGUGAUACCGGUUGAGAAGGGAAUAGGCAAUAACAAUGGUAAUGGAAACAACAACCAACAUUCUUCCUUCAGCGAGGAGCUUGCACCGGAGGACAAUUUCCUUGGUGUCUCUACUCAAGAACUCCUGGCAAGAGGAGGGGAGCUUCUCAAACGUACUAGGAAGGGUGACCUUCAUUGGAAGCUUGUCUCUGUUUAUAUUAACAGAGCGGGGCAGGUGACUCUUAAGAUGAAGAGUAGGCAUGUGGCAGGAACCAUCACGAAGAAGAAAAAGAAUAUAGUAUUGGAGGUCUGUAAGGAUGUUGAGGCAUGGCCAGGGAGACAUUUGCUUGAGGGUGGCGAACAUCGCCGGUAUUUCGGAUUGAGAACAGCGGCUCGGGGACUGGUCGAGUUUGAGUGCAGGAAUCAGAGGGAGUAUGAGAUAUGGACUAGAGGGGUGUCUAGGCUGCUGAUUAUUGCCGGCGAAAAGAAGCGCCCGUUUGUUUGAACCACGAUGGCCCAGCAGCUCCUGUGCAGCAAGAGGAUUUCAUAGGAUCCUCCACGUUCCACUUGAUACAUAUUCUUUCUUCUUUACAAAGGAAAAGGGAAAAGCGGAGGGAACCUUGUGGGUCUUUUUUUAAUGGUGGCAGUCUCUUUUGUUCUGUAAAAUUGUAUUCAAUGGCUUCUUUUCUUUUUCUUUUUGGUCUCUAUCGGUUUUGUAUAAAAUGGUUUCCCAUAUAAUAGAGGCAUUCUGUGAUUUAGUAAA